UGAACGAGCAAGGACCGCAACAGUCACAACUGAUUGGUACUUUGCCAAUUGCGACUGCUGCAAUUUGCAAACACACCUCAAAUCCCACACAAGCACAGCCGCCAAUAUGGAGCCGAGCAAAGGCGUGCGGCUGGCGGUGCUUGGAGCGGUGAUUGCUGCGGUGUUGGCGUGGGCGGUGUACGAGACGGUGCUGCGGGAUGCCACGGCCAUCAUCUCCUCCGUGCUGGCACUGACAGCGUGUACUGCAGAGAACGUGCUGCACGUGGACUACGCUGGCCUGGCGUCUUACGAGGCAGAGGGGUACGCACCCUACGCCAGCGUGUGGUACGAUGCAGACCUGCAGUCGUACGAGGCGCGGUUCCUUGCUGCCAACGCCUCCGCCGUGUACGUGAGCCGCCUGCACGGCUGCGUGCUGCAGCCGCUCUCGCCGCACAUGCAAGCUGCCAGGGACCUGUACCACCGCGCUGUGUCCGCGGAGAGCGAACAAGACGCAGCCGAGGUGGGAGCGCUGCAGUCUUUGCUGGCGCAGCUCAGGCCAGGCGGCCCUCGCCAAGCGCAAGCACACACCGCAGAUAAGGACAAGGAGAUCAGCACAGGCAGCAGGAAUAGCGGCGAGAGCCAGGCCGACGACCAUCGCAGCAGCAGCAGCAGCGAUGUUAACGAUGAUGCUAACGAUGAUGAUGAUGGCACUGGGUACUUUGGUGACACGGCGCUGUGCAGUGACGAUGAGCGGCUGAGCGAGGAAGAGAUUGCGGCGUUGCAGGCCAUCUUCGAUGCGGAGAUCAAGCGUGGAGAGCAGCAGCAGGAGCACACCCGCGGCCUCGCAGCCGUGCACUGCGGCAAGCUGGUGGCGGAGUCGUACGCGUCCUGGCUGAACAUCACGGCAGACAGCGCCCAGCUCGGCUGGUCCAGGAGCAUAUGGAUACACUCUAAUACGUUAGGGAGCCAGUGUAAAACUUAUUUUUUCCUACCUACCCGCACUUCUUGCUACCUGGACAUGGACGAGAGCGUCGACAACGACCUCAUCCAGCUGCGCCACCUCCUGCACAUGGUGGACGGCCUCGACUACAACGAGCACUACGGCAUGAUCAACGACCCCGCGCGCAUGCUGUUCCUGGAGCGGUCCACGGCCGGGUUUGCGCGCAACAAGGCGCCCGCCCAUCUGCCUGGCGAGCGUUGGUGCUACAACAGCGGGGCCACUAACUUGGCCAGUUGGAUGCUCCGCCAAUCUUUUCCCUCCUGGUGGGACUACUGGCGCUUCCCAUACGAGAAGCUGUUUGCACCCAUUGGGGCAAAGUCGUUUGUGCUGGAGACGGACAGCGAGGGCAUCUUUGUUGGCAGCAGCUUUGGGUUUGCCACCGCCCGCGACUGGGCACGUUUCGGCGUCCUCCACUUGCAGCACGGCCGCUGGGGUGAGCAGCAAGUGGUGCCGGCGUCAUAUCUUCGCGACUUCACCUUCAAGCGCCUGACUGUCACCGAUGACAUUUAUUCUGGCGGAUGGUGGCACCCACCCGCCGGCCGCGAGAACGUGACGCAACUGCAGCAGGACCCGCGCACCGCGUGUAUUGCGCAACACAUUGAGGAGAGCGCGUGGACGACGCAGUGCAUUCCGCAUGAGGCAAUCAUUGCCGAGGGUUACAAAGGGCAGAUGCUCAUGAUCAUUCCUUCCAAGAAGUUUGUGCUGGUGCGUCUCGGUCAUCUCUGGGAUCGCGAGAACCGCAUCCCAUUCUUCGAUGACGUCAUGCGCGUGCUCAACGCAGAGGUGUAGGUGUGAACUGCUGGCACGGCCUGACACCAGCACGUGUGCGAUGGCUUAGGCAAACAGAAGAGGGGUGGGGGACGUUGUGAUGUGAUCGUCUUUUGCACUUGCUAGUUGAUUUGAGUGUUGUGUUCGUGUGUGUGUGUGUGUGUGUGUGUGUGUGUGUGUGUGUGUGUGUGUGUGUGUGUGUGUGUGUGUGUGUGUGUGUCUGCUCCUCUUUCUCUCCCUCUCUUUGCGCCAGAAUGCUUGUGUUCAAUCUGCUAGUUUCGUGUUGAUUGUCUGCUGGUGUGUCACGUCACAUCACUCAACCACGGCCAAACCCCAAAUAAAACAAAAACGAAAGCAAA